CUCCUACAAUAUAUAACCAGGUUUAGGCAGAGCUCCGAACACUCAGGCAGGGGCUCCUCAGCUGCAUAUGCCACACUCAGUUCAGGACCUGGAAUAAGGAGGAUUUCCAAGACGCACAAUGGCACAAGAUAAGCUCACCGGAACCUUGGUUUUCACUGUCUUCACUGCUGUGCUGAGUUCCUUCCAGUUUGGGUAUGAUAUUGGUGUGAUCAACGCGCCCGAAGAGACAAUAAAAUCCCAUUACAGACAUGUUUUGGGUGUUCCACUGGAUGACCGAAAGGCUAUCAACAGCUAUACUAUCAACGAUACAGAGGCACUGUCCACCACCCCUGUGUACCCAACAUCACCCCCUGGGUCUGAGCAAGACACUAUGACACCUGAUGGCCUCAUCACCAUGUUCUGGUCCCUGUCUGUGUCCAGCUUUGCAGUUGGUGGAAUGAUUGCAUCAUUCUUUGGUGGGUGGCUUGGAGACAAGCUUGGAAGAAUCAAAUCCCUCUUGGUAGCAAACAUCUUCUCAUUAGUUGGAGCGCUCUUGAUGGGGUGUUCAAAAUUGGGACCAUCUCAUAUACUUAUAAUUGCAGGAAGAGGCAUAUCAGGACUCUACUGUGGGCUCAUUUCAGGCCUGGUUCCCAUGUAUAUUGGGGAAAUUGCUCCAACUACACUCAGGGGCGCCCUUGGAGCUCUUCACCAGCUGGCUCUUGUCACUGGCAUUCUUAUUAGUCAGAUUGUGGGACUUGACUCUGUCCUGGGCAAUAAUCAUCACUGGCAUAUCCUGCUUGGCCUGUCUGCUGUGCCAGCCCUCCUCCAGAUUCUGCUACUAUUUUUCUGUCCAGAAAGUCCAAGAUACCUUUACAUCACGUUGGAGGAGGAAGUCAAAGCAAAGAAAAGCUUGAAAAGAUUAAGAGGAAGUGAUGAUAUAAGCAAAGACAUUAAUGAGAUGAGAAAAGAAAAAGAAGAAGCAUCAAGUGAGCAGAAAGUCUCUAUCAUUCAGCUCUUUACCAACUCCAGCUGCCGGCAGCCUAUUAUAGUGGCACUGAUGCUGCACAUGGCUCAGCAAUUUUCUGGAAUCAAUGGGAUCUUUUACUACUCAACCAACAUUUUUCAGAAAGCUGGGAUCAGGAAACCUGUUUAUGCAACCAUUGGAGUAGGUGCUAUCAACACAGUUUUCACUGCUCUCUCCGUAUUCCUUGUGGAGAAGGCUGGGCGACGUUCUCUGUUUCUGAUCGGAAUGGUUGGGAUGUUUUUCUGUAACAUCUUCAUGUCCCUGGGACUCGUGCUACUGGAUAAGUUCACGUGGAUGAAUUAUGUGAGCAUGGUAGCCAUCUUCCUCAAUGUCAGUUUCUUUGAAAUUGGGCCAGGCCCAAUCCCCUGGUUCAUAGGGGCAGAGCUUUUCAGUCAAGGACCACGCCCAGCUGCCUUAGCACUCGCUGCCUUCAGCAACUGGGUCUGCAACUUCCUGGUGGCCCUGUGUUUCCCGUACUUGGCGGAAUUCUGUGGGCCUUAUGUGUUUUUCCUCUUCUCUGGAGUGGUCUUGGGUUUUACCCUAUUCACAUUUUUUAAAGUUCCAGAAACCAAAGGAAAAUCUUUUGAGGAAAUUGCUGCAGAAUUCCGAAAGAAGGGCAGAUCGGCCGAACGACCAAAGCCCGCGGUUGAAAUGGAAUUCCUUGGUGCUACAGAGACUGCAUAAAGAUAACCUGCUUUUUUAUAUGAACAAAACAGGAAGGAAACUGUGUUUUUAAGUGAUUCCUUGAGAAUUUUAUAUCUACAUCUUCAAGUAUUGUUUUAUUUGUUAAGAGCCUUUAUGGGCUCUGAUCAGAAAUGUCAUCAAAUAUUACCACAGAAAGUAUUAUUUUAUGUUAGAGAAUCUAUUUUUGAUGAUAGAUUCUAUGGCUAAGUAAAUCAAAAAGGUCAGCUCAUUUCACUGCACUAAUGGGCAAACAUGUUCCAAUGUUCCCAGCCCUGUUUUUAUAACAAGUGUCUUCUGAAGUUUUGAAAUUGAAGAAAUUUUAAUGUAUCAUAUUUUUGCUUUGUUAAAUAUCUAAGAAAUCUGAAGAUACAACUAAUAUUUAUAUAUUUGAAUAGUAUUAAAUAGGACUUUUCUUACCCAAAGCUCCCAAACUAAAGGAGGUAUAGCUAACAGUACUAAGAUUCACAUGAAAAUUGAAUUUUCAAUUUCUCUUACUCAAAUUUUUUUUUUUUUUUUUGACAGGCAGAGUGGACAGUGAGAGAGAGAGACAGAGAGAAAGGUCUUCCUUUGGCUGUUGGUUCACCCUCCAAUGGCCGCCAUGGCCGGCGCAUCGCGCUGAUCCGAAGGCCAGGUGCUUCUCCUGGUCUCCCAUGGGGUGCAGGGCCCAAGCACUUGGGCCAUCCUCCACUGGGCCAUAGCAGAGAGCUGGCCUGGAAGAGGGGCAACCGGGACAGAAUCCAGCGCCCUGACUGGGACUAGAACCCUGUGUGCCGGUGCCGCUAGGCGGAGGAUUAACCUAUUGAGCCACGGCCCCAGCUCAACUUUUUUCUUAUUAGAACUUUUAUGUUCUUUAAACUUCUAUUUUUAUGUGGAAUGUUUUAUUUAAUAUGUUAAAUAUGCUUUAAAAGAAAAACUUUUUUUUGGCCGGCAUACCAAAAAUCUUUAAGUACUAAGUAAAAAAUAUUUUAGUUCCUUUGUUGGAUGAGCAAAUGAUUUUUGCAAGAUUAAAUACUAAAAUGUUUGUACCUGGUCAUACAGCCUGAGUUACCAGUUAAUAUUAUAUUAUAAUAUUAUAUUAAUAUUAUAAAACCAUAUUAAUUCCUUGAUUAUUCAAUCUUUUAGUUAUAUUUUAUUUUGCUUUUUAGUUGAGCACAGCCAGGUGUUCUGAGCUGUAUUAUAAAAUAUCUAAAACAAUAAAGACAUUGUACAUUGUCCCAUGUUAUAUCACUCUAACUUUAGGAAAUCUGAAGUAAAAGAUUUCUCUCUUAAGAAAAUGUUUUCUAAAUUAUUAUUUCUCAAAACCAGUUGAAAAGGUAGGGUUAGAGGAUUCCUAAAAGUGGGCUCCUAAAACUUCAUGAAUGUUCAUUUUCAAACUAAAACAAACUCCCUAUUUAAUUUGCCCAGAAAGACUGCAUUCCCUAAUAUAAAAUAAGUAUACCCUUUAACAUUUUCUUGUAGGUCUUAAUAGUACACAGAUUUCGUCUGAAAUGCUUUCUUGUCUAACCCCUGUACAAGUAUGAUUUUUCUCCUAGCUUGUUCAAAGCAUAAAAAUUAGACUUUUUGGUCUGGCCACUUACCUGGUACAUCUAGCCAUUGCUCUCAAGACAUGCAAGAAGGGGACUUUUUUUAUUUUUUUAAGAUGUAUUUUGGGGAGUGCUGUGGUAUAGGGGGUAAAGCCGCCACCUGCAGUGCCAGUAUCCCAUAUGGGCACCGGUUCAAAUCCCAGCUGCUGCACUUCUGAUCCAGCUCUCUGCUAUGGCCUGGGAAAGCAGUAGAAAAUGACCUAAGUCCUUGGGCCGCUGUACCCAUGUGGAAGACCCAGAAGAAGCCCCUGGCUCCUGGCUUUGGAUCAGCACAGCUCCGGCUGUUGCAGUCAUCUGGGGAAUGAACCAGUGUCCGGAAGACCUCUCUUUCUCCCUCUGCUUCUCUUUUUUAAGAUUUAUUUAUUUAUUUAUUUGGAAUGCAGAGUUACAGAGAAAGGAAAGAGAGAUCUUUAUCUGUUUGGUUUACUUCCUUAAUUGCCAUAACAGCAGAGACUUGGCCAGGCACAAGCCAGGAGCCUGAAACUUCAUUGGGUCUCCAAUGUUGCAGGCAGGGGCCCAAGUACUAGGGCCAUCUACUGCUGCUUUUCUAGAUGCAUUAGCAGGGAGCUGGACCGGAAGUGGAAUAGUUGGGGCUGGAAAGGGCAACCAUAUGGGAUGCUGGUGUCUUGGCCUGUGGUUUAACCUGCUGCAUUAUAACACCGACCCCAGAAAUUUAUUUUAAGAAUUAAUUAUUUAUUUGAAAGGCAGAAUUACAGAGAGGCAGAGAGAGAGAGAGAGAGAGAGAGAGAGAGAGAGAGAGAGAAAGGUCUUCCACCUGAUGGUUCACUCCCCAGAUAGCCACAACAGCUGCAGCUAACUGGAUCUGAAGCCAGGAGCUUGGAGCCUCUUCUGGGUCUCCCACGUGGGUGCAGGGGCCCCAGGGGUUGUGCCAUCUUCUAUUGCUUUCUCAGAACACAGCAGGGAGUUGGAUCAGAAGUGGAGCAGCCAGGUCUCAAACUGGUGCCCAUAUGGGAUGCUGGCACUGUAGGCAGCGGCUUUACCCGCUACACCACAGCACUGGCCCAGGGAGAUGGUUUUAUCUAACUUCCUCCUCCCUACUUUCUGUGCCAUGGUCUAAACCGUAAUGCAUGCUGACAUACAGUAAGACACUGUUUCUCUCCCACCCCAACUUAGGGAAAUCACAGUAUAAUAGAAAUCGAAGACGCUUUGAGUUUUAGUAUGCACCUCUGUGUCUUUUGACUUCCAUAAACCUGGAUUUUGGGUCCUUUCUUGUAAAAUGGGCAUAAAAAUGUCACCUACCUCAGAUCUGCUAUGACUAUUAAAAUAUUAAGCAUAGUGCCUGGUACAAAGAGGUAUUCAAUAAAUGUUACCUAGAAUUACUAUUCACAGAGAUAGUGUUGGCAUAAAGGAGUAUCAUAUGUAAUAUAGUUACAAAUUUUUCUUUUGAAAAAAAGUAGCUUUAUAAGUUCAAAAUAAUAUUUUUUUAAGAUUUAAAAGCAAGAAAGUCAGAGGCCUCCAGCCAGAGUGGCAUGGAGGGGGGCUCCAAGAGAGGCAAAACCCAAAGGGGAUGGUGGUAUUGGGGUUUUCAAGCACAAUUUUGGGGAAGAAAAAAAAUUUAUCAGCUAGACAUUCAGUUUACAAGGUGGGAACAAACCAAAAUAAUAUUUUCUUAAUUCAGAAACAAUCCCAUAACAUUAAGGAAAUGGAAAGAACCAGGAGAUAUAAGACAAUCUAAUUCCUAAAUCCAAACUUGCUAUUUCUCAGUAAGUUUAUUAGAAUUUUUAUUGUAUUUUUAUAACUUUUGCCUAAGUUAUGUCAUUUUAAGGGAUCCCUAUGUAAUAUUAUUUCUUUGGAUAAUACUAAGUACAAAUAAAAUGCUGUAUAUCAAUUUUAAAUAUAAUUUGAUAUAUUUGUCAGUUUGUCACAGGACAAGAUCAAAGUUGUUAAUAAUUCUCAAAAAUUGCAAAAGUGUUACAUAAUGUAAAUCAGUGUGUAUGCAUAAACUGCUUCUUUUUCAUAGCUUACUUGUUGCCUGUUUAGCAAAUAAUGCAGUGGUAAGGCAAUAUCUUGUGCUUACAGCAUUUAAGCAGAAGUGAUAAGUUGUGUAAAAAAACUACCUAUCUCUAUCUUUAUCUAUCUAUCUGUAUAUAUCUAUCUAAAUUUUCCUUACAAUUUUCUAUUAGUGACAUGGGCAGAAAAGGUUUAUAGCUAACCACUCUUAGCCAUCUGCUAUUUGGUGCACGUUAAAAAAAGAACUAUCAAGAAAAGAAACUGCUUUUAUUUAAAAUAUAUAUACACUAUAAUUUUAUGUCAAUAAAUGUAUUUAUGAAUGUUUA